UGCGAGCGAGUCAAAACAUACAAGCAGAGAUCUUGAUUCGUGAAAGGAAGAGACGCCGCGCUCAGGGAUCGGAUUUGGCGGGAGGAGAUGGCGCUCAGAGACAAGAUUUCGUUGCAAGACCUCGCCUUGGCGGACGUUAAAUGCCCAAUAUGCCUCUCCAUUUUGAUCGAGCCUGUUACCAUGCCGUGCUCUCACACCCUGUGUAUGCCGUGCUUCGUCCAGAACGUAGCCCAAACAGCCCUGGCCUGCCCUCUCUGCCGUAAAAGAAUAAGUGUGUGGGUGAGACGCUCAACCAAAACCAAUAAGUUGGUCGACAAGAGGCUCUGGGACAUGAUACAAGAAAAAUUCUCGUCCCUGAUAGAAGCUCGCCUGCACGAUGAAGAUGACUUCAUUUUGGAAGACACCAAUGUGCCAAAGCCCCAUGUGUGUCAGCCAGGAGAGAUCCGACAAGAAUACGAGGCUCUUUUGGCCCAACAAGAGCAGGAGAGAUCCCUACAGAGAACAGAAGAAGAAUUAGCAUCAAGCCGAUUAAUACAGCAAUUACAGGAAGAAGAGAAGAUGAAACUGAGAGAACGGCGCGAACGUCAGCAGCUCUUGUGUGAAAAUGAUGAGGCCUUAGCACAGCAGGUUAAGGAAGCAGAAAGCAUAAGAGAACAAGAAGAACAGGUGAAGCUGCUGCUGCUUAUUGAAAGAGACGAAGUUAUUGCACGUCAGAUUGAGGAGGAAGAAAAGAAGAAAAAGCAACCUGUAAUCCUAAGUCCAGUUCCCAGCAGAAAAGGGAGCAACGCGACCAGCAAACCUAGCUCAACACCCACCCGAGGGCCAAUGGAUGUUUUCAUUGGCCAGAAAACUCCCCGUUCCAGUAGUAAAAAGAUUGCUCCCAGAGUGGUAUAUUCUUCAGGCUCAACAAGCUCAGAAAUGAAUUUUGGAUCACCAGAAAGAAGCCUUUCAUUGCAAGACAGAUCUUCAAGAGAUGUGAGCAGUACACCCACAACUUCAUCCUUCAGUCCAGUAAGAAGACGUAGCAUACAUGCAUCUACAAUGGAUUCCCCGCGUAGACUGAAUAAAGAAAUGGGUAUCGCCUAUGAUAGCAUGGCUACACGAAUAGGCAGACAGCUGAGAGAAAUCACGUCAUCUCAGAGCUCAGAGUCUGAGUCAGAAGACAUUGGCUUAAGCAGUCCAACGCGCUACAAGAAAUCAGGAAAGGAGAAUGUAGGAAAAUCAAGUAAAUCGGGAAAAGUGAAGGUCAAGAAUAAAGAAAGCGAAUCGCACAGAACCUUCAAUGAAUGCAGCCCAGAUAUUGACAGUUAUUGUGGAGUGAAAAUGGAUUAUUCUCAGAGCAACUCUUGUUCGAGGCUAGAAGACAGUGAUGAAACAGACAUUGAGGAGGACAAUGUAGAAAGUUCAAGUGCCUUAAAAAGAUUACAUAAAAGUGUUGAGAAAGAGGAGAGACAAAGUGCCAAUGACAGUAAAUCAGUUUCUAGAAUAACAGUAUUAAAUGAAGACGAUGAUGAUGGACGGUUAUCAGAGCAGGGCAAGGUUUCUGCAACUGCGUCAAGUCAUUCAUCAAAUACACUAAUACCAGCGGAGAUAUUAGAUACUGAAGCCCAAAAAUCAGAUGAUUUAUCCGUCUUGAUAAAAGAGCAGCAGUUGCUAGAAGCUAGGAUUCAGCAGGAAGAAGCAGACAGACUCUUAGCUGAAGCCUUACAGAGAGAAUUCAACCAAAGACCACAGAUCAACAGAAGCCGUGGAUCUGAAGAUGAAUAUUCCCUGAGAGACCGCAAUCCAGCCACCAAGAAAGCCAACCCAACAAAAUCUACCGUUCAGUCUAAGCUGUCGCCCAGUCAGUCCAAGAAACGACAGUCGACGCUCAUGGAAAGCUUAAAAAAGAGACAGAAAACAUAAAUCUCCAUUCCAGCGCCACUCUCAAUUUAGCUAUAGUGGUUAACAACAGCUUUAUAUAGUUUUUUUUUUUUUUUCUUGGUGUUUGUGAGGCUACAGAUUUUAAGCUAUUUAUGCCGUAUUAGAUGCCAAUAUUAGAGAAUGUACAUGAAAUGAUUGCUGUCUUUGCUAGUUAAAUCAGAUCUUUCUUUCCCUUUUUUACUCCUUAUAUGAAAUUUAACAUUUUAUUUGGAGCUUUAGAUUUUAAGAAUAAAAAUAUAUCAACAAUUAUUAUCAAGUAAUCAAAAUUGUGUUCUUUCCUGGAUACAACACCAUAUUAGAAUCUUUGCAUGCGUUAUUUUGUAAAUAUUUUGUACUUACAUGUCAUACAUAUUCCCUCAUGUAUAUUUGAGAUAUAUUUCAUUUUUCAUAUUUCUCACUUCCUUUUUGCUAUGAAUUAAGUUGGUUUGUUUAGUUUCUUCCAUGCAGUAUUGCUUUCAGAAUAAUACACACUCCAGAGGAACAGUUUCAGUGACGUGAAAAAUUGUUAUGUAAUGAGAAAUACAAUAAGUUUUUACAUUUACUCGUCUUGUCACCGAUAUUUUUCCUCCUUUUUUUUGUACUUUGUUACAUGUAGAUAUGUCCUCUAGGAAUAUUAUCAGAUAUUUAGUGAAUAAGAAAUUCUUUAUACUGAAUGUUGGAUUAAAUGAGCCAGUUAGCAGAUCAUGACUUUUUGUACUUGUAUAGUCUACAAAGGGACAACUAACUUUUUCCUCAUUGUAACAUUUUCAGAAUGGAUUCCUUCUUCAACUGAACUCUCUGAUUAGUACAAAUUGUCUAAUUUUCAGAUGCAUUUAUAAGGAUGGAUAAUUAAACUAAAUUUAGCACACAAACAUAUAUUUGAGAAAUACAAUAGCCUUCCCUUUAAAAAAAGAGGAAAGAGUGUUGUCAUUGAAAAUAUUUGGACAUGCAUCCAGUAGUUUUUACAGCAGUCUCUUUGGACAGGAAAUAUUCACUCAAAAGUUUUUCAAGAGCUUCAGCCUGUGGCUAAUUUGCAUGUGCAAAAGUAAAUGUCACAUCAAACGAGAACAUUAUAUUGUUGAAAAUAUAUUUGUUACCAAUAA